AUGUCUAUCAUGCGAACGGUUGAAGAGAGUCAUUUCUUCAUUGUCUUUACCGAGAGGCGAUGCCGCACAGAAUGCCGUAUCUCGAAGCGAUUUGCGGUGGAGAGAGCGCUUGUUGUUGCACAGGACUCAGGAUAUGAAGCUGAGGGUCCCUUUCCUUGUGGCCAAUCAGAGCGCCUCCCAGUUCGGCGGGGCACCCAGAUCUCCGGAGACGGAACUGGAUCACGAUGGCGCCCCCCUGUAUGGCAGAAAGGAUGCGUUGCAUUUAAGGUGAACUCUGAGGCGCACGAUCUGAUCCCCGACGACCACAGUGCCCAUCGACGAGGCGUGGGGGCCCCUACCCACCCUUGUACCCUUAAUUCGAGCUGCUUUUGGAAGAAUGCGGUUACAAUUGGACUAUUGGAACCUCGAUUGGGAGAGCCAAUGAAUGUGGUUAAACUUUUGCAAAUGCUGAGAGCCCUGCUUGCGAAGCUCGCCUGA